GUUAUGAUGACAGAGAAAAUGAUCUCUUUCUCUGCGACACCAAUACCUGUAAAUUUGAUGGGGAGUGUUUAAGGAUUGGAGACAGUGUGACUUGUGUCUGUCAGUUCAAGUGUAACAAUGACUACGUGCCCGUGUGUGGCUCCAACGGCGACACCUACCAAAAUGAAUGCUACCUGAAACAGGCUGCCUGCAAGCAGCAGAGCGAAAUACUCCUGGUGUCCGAAGGAUCGUGUGCCACUGAUGCUGGCUCAGGAUCUGGGGAUGGAG